CCUGUGCCAAAGUCGGCCGUUAGCCUCGCCGCGGCUCCCGUCGGACAGACUCUUCAAGGUUCUCCACAGGUGGUCUGCACCAACUCGUCCACGGUACCAGCCUUGCGCAUCUCGGCCACGUCUCGUGCGGCAUGCCGAGCUGAUCCGCUUCUUCUCCACGCGGCACAACUCCCGAGUACCAACUUGCUGGCCCCGAUGUUCCACACCUUCCAGAGCUCCGUGGCCCUGCGGUCGCCGGGAUCUGCUGGUGAUCUUGGCGAGCAGGCAAAGCCCGCCGCGCGGUCGACGGGCUCGCGCCGCAUCUCCACGAGCAACGCCUGUGUCGAGUGUCGGCGUCGCAAGAUUCGCUGUGAUGGCACUCAGCCCUGUGGCCAGUGCAGGUGGUACCAGCAUCCCGAGGCCUGCGCCUAUUCGAAGCCUGCCCAGCGCGUGGUGCCGUCCCGCAACUACAACGACACUGCAUUGCCCAGCCGGACCAACUCUCCUCCCCCAGGGAUUGCGGAAGAAAGUCCCGGCGCUGUUCCACCUGGAAAAGAAGGCCAGGCGCUGAUUGAAAGCUACUUCGAACGCGUACACCUCUUCUUUCCCAUGAUCGAUGAACGCAAAUUCUGGACAACCUAUUUGUACGGCGAACGGAGUGACUCGCCUUGGCUAGCUCUCCUAAACAUGGUCUUUGCACUUGGCUCUCUCGCAUCUUCAACGGCAGAUAACGAAGCACAUUAUUCUUACUUCACGCGGUCACGGCAACACCUUUCUCUGGAAUCCUUUGGCAGCGGUAACCUGGAAGUUCUGCAAGCGCUGGGUAUGAUGAGCGGCUACUACAUGCACUAUCUCAAUCGACCGAACGAAGCUCAUUCUCUGAUGGGAGGAACGUUGCGAAUGGCAACUGCACUUGGUUUACAUCGAGAGUACGCGGAUCCCGCGCACCACAGCAGUGGGAACACACUCAGCAUCAUGCAACAUGGCGAACCUGACUCGAUCUCUCCGGAAAUGAGGAGGAGGAUAUGGUGGAGCUUGUUUUGCCUGGAUUCGUGGGCUUCCACUACGAUAGGCCGCCCUUCUCUUGGUAGAAUGGGCGCAUCCAUCACAGUGAACUUACCUGGGAAGAUUACGAAUCCUGCACACAUGUUCGCGCAACCAAACAGCGCUCAAUACAUCGAGCAGCUCAAGAUCCUCCCCUUAAUACACGCCAGCGAGUUCUGCAAAAUCGGCACUCGAAUCCAAGACCGCCUCGUCGAGCAACCGCUUCUGAAAUUCGAAGAGCUCGCCCAAUUCGACGCCGAACUUGUCCGCUGGCACGACGACCUCCCCUCCAUCCUCGCCAACACCGAAGAGCCCUGCCCCGAUUUCCUCAAACGCGUACGGCUGGUCAUGAAAUGGCGUCUCCAAAACAUCCGUAUCGUCCUACACCGCCCCGUCCUCCUCUCCACGGCCCUCCGCCGCACCCCCUUCGUCGCCCUGUCCGCCGAAGAAAAAGUCGCCGUGGGCAAAUGCCGCCUCAUCGCCGCCAAGACGAUCGAAGACAUGGCCGCCGAGUGCAGCAAUGAUCUCAUCUCGGGCUGGAACGCGUGCUGGUUCGCGUUCCAGGCCUCCAUGGUGCCCCUCAUCUCCCUCUUCAGCGACGCCUCCAACUCAGACGACAUCGACAAGUGGCGCGCCACGGUCGAGACGGCCCUGUCCUUCUUCGCGCGCAUCACGCCCUACUCCAUCGCCGCGCGCCGCUCCGCCGACGCCGUCUCGAAGCUCUACGACGCCUACAAGAUUGCCGCUGAAGCUGCUGAGACGAUGGCGCAAUCGGCACACUAUACCAACAACAACGACAACAGCUUCUUAGGGGUUGAGGGGCUCGAUGCGAACGGCGUCCCGCAGGACGUAACGGCUGGGCUGGGCAGCAUGGGUGGUGGGAUGGGCACGUGGCCGGAUCCGGCGAGCAUGGGCAACCUGUCCGGCUUCUGGGACGACAUGAUGUGGGAUACGAACUUGCCGGAUAUGCUGGAGACGCCGUUUGGGAUUGGGGACUAUGAUUUUCAGAGCGCGGCGCAGGAUGGGAGUGCGCCGUGUUGGAUGCAGGGGAAUGGUGAACAGCGCUAGGAUGCGCGGGGGGGUGAAUUUGGUAAAACGGAAAAGUUGGUUCUGGGAGGUGUUUGGGCUGAGUUUGGCUUGGGCUGGUCUUGGGCAUAAGCGUUGGCGGAACUGAAGGAAGGGGCGAAAUUCUUGCAUUUAUGGAUGGAUGAUUGGUUGGUGGGUGGGCGGUGUCACGAUUGGCUUCUGAACAUGCAUUCUACGACAUGGAAAACGGGGGCGAUAUAGGCUUGGGAACGGAGCUUGAAGGAUAUCAUCACGUCAAACCGUCGAUAUAGCAGACUAUUCUCAUUGUCCCAGUCGAUACAGUGGAACCAUUUUCAUAUUUCUCGGAGAUCAUGGGAAGGGCGUUUUGGAGUAAGGAACGGGGAUAAGAUUGGUUACUGCAUGCUUAGAGUACGGGGAAGACUGGUGGCGGUAUAUGUGCGAGGAAUAGUCUGGGUAGAUGGUGAAAGCGAAGAAGCGUUUCAGAUGCGGGCCCUUUGAGGACUGCUUUGCUGGU